AUGUCUUCCAUAUUCAAGGCCUUGACUGGCAAAAAGAGUGAUAACCGUUCAGAUAAGAAGCAACAGGAUGGAAAACAGUUCAUGAACAAACAACGUACAUUGUUGAUCUCUAGUAGAGGUGUGAACUUUAGACAUCGUCAUUUAAUCCAAGAUUUGAAUUCUUUAUUACCACAUUCAAGAAAGGAACCAAAGUUAGAUACCAAGAAGGAUUUACAACAAUUAAAUGAAAUUGCAGAAUUAUACAACUGUAACAAUAUUCUGUUCUUCGAAGCCAGAAAGCAUAAAGAUUUAUACCUAUGGUUAUCUAAACCACCAAAUGGGCCAACCAUUAAGUUCUAUAUCCAAAAUUUGCAUACUAUGGAUGAACUGAACUUUACUGGUAACUGUUUGAAGGGAUCCCGUCCUGUUCUAUCGUUUGAUCACAGAUUUUCUUCUUCUCCACAUUAUCAGUUGAUCAAAGAAUUACUAAUUCAUAAUUUCGGUGUUCCUCCAAAUGCCAGAAAGGUGAAGCCAUUUAUUGAUCAUGUCAUGUCUUUCAGUAUUGUUGACGACAAAAUAUGGGUUAGAACGUAUGAAAUAUCCCAUGCCGCAAGAAAUAAGGAUGAGUAUGAAGAAGGGCAACAAGAAGAACUAUCUUUAGUUGAAAUUGGUCCAAGAUUUGUCAUGACUACUAUUUUGAUUCUUGAAGGUUCGUUUGGUGGUCCAAAGAUUUAUGAAAACAAACAAUAUGUUUCUCCAAAUGUCGUUAGAGCUCAAAUGAAACAACAAGCCGCUAAUGAAGCUAAGGCCAGAUCCGAAGCUGCAGUUGAAAGAAAAUUGAAGAAGAGGGAGAAUAUUCUAGCUGCUGAUCCAUUAUCAAACGAGGUAUUAUUUAAAGAAUAA